UGGAAUUUCCAGCUACCAUGAUAGAACUUUCUCGCUCUCCGUUAAAAUUGUUGGACGAACUUCACCGUUCCCAGAGUUGAUUAUGUCAAACAUGGGGGCACGCGUUGCACGGUUGUUUAGGAAUUUUAACUUAGAAAACCGGGUACAUCGUGAGAUCGGGAAGGCAAAACCUGAAGCGGCACCUCGACAUCAGACCCACAUUGAUCCUGUUCAGAGUACACAGGUUACUGAGAUCUCUGAUGCCAUCCACAAGAGAAACGACCCUCUACUGGGGUUCCUGAAGUCGGUUUAUGUGGAAUCAAAGGAUCCUACAGAGGCUCCAAAGGAGGUGACUGAGGAGAAAGAGGAGCGCAGGCCUCUAAUUUUCAGCCUACCUGGGGACCCCUAUGGUAUUGUUGAGAUCAUUGAUGUCCCUAAAGGCAAACUGUCUAUUAUUGAAGCCCUCCAAGCUCUCAACAAUCAUAAGAAUGCUCCCCAAACAUGGACAUUGGACAAGGUCGCCCUGGAGUACUCUCUUGACUUGAAAGAUACUAAAGCACUUCUGGAGCAUUUCAUCCCCUUCGAGGUUAAGAUCAUACCACCAAAGACAGAGGAUGCAAAGAAGAUCAAAGAUAUCUAGGACGAAGAUGCAUUAUUCCUGGUCUUUAAACACAACAGCCAAGUGUAUUAAUUAUUUAUGUUUGUUGUCCUCGUCCAAAUGAAACUGCAAUAUUUGGAGUUCUACAUACUGUAAUGAAAUGAGGGAGAAGCAUGAGGUUUUGAGGCAUGAUUUGAAUGCAUGUUGAC